AUGCAUACAUAUCAUCACACAAAGUCUCAUCUUCUUCAUCUAAUAUCUGACCCCCACUUUUCUUCAUUAUCUUGAAUUCUCCGCCUUCUUGAUUUUUUUUUACUCGAUAUAUUCUUGAGUCAUUCUCUAUUUACUUUCUUGAAAACUCUGAUAUCAAGUUAACUGAUAAACAAACAAUGGUACGUGUGAGUAACAAUUUGGUGGGCAUUCUCAAUUUCAUAACACUUUUGCUCUCAAUUCCCAUCAUAGGAGGGGGCAUAUGGCUCUCGAAACAAGCCAACACAGAGUGUGAACGGUUCCUAGACAUACCCGUAAUCGUUCUGGGAGUUUUUAUUCUGCUGGUUUCAUUGGCAGGUUUAGUGGGGUCAUGUUGCAGAGUUACGUGGCUUCUAUGGAUCUAUCUCGUUGUCAUGUUCUUGUUAAUUGUGUUGUUAUUUUGCUUCACAAUCUUUGCUUUUGUGGUUACAAACAAAGGGGCCGGAGAGUCCUUAUCUGAUAAAGGGUACAAGGAAUACAGGCUUGGGGAUUACUCCAAUUGGCUGCAGAAAAGGGUCAACAGUGACAAGAAUUGGAACAAGAUUAGGAGUUGUUUACAGGACAGUAAGAUCUGCCAGAGGCUGCUGGAUGAUGGGUCCUCCACCAGUGUUGAAGAUUUUUACAGGGAACAGCUCUCUUCUCUUCAGUCUGGUUGCUGCAAGCCAUCAAACGACUGCAACUUCCAGUACGUUAGCCCGACCAACUGGACUAGGACCGCUCAAUCAUCGUUAACAAAUCCAGACUGCAGAACAUGGAGCAGUGAUCCUAAUGUCUUGUGCUAUAGCUGCCAAUCAUGCAAGGCUGGGUUGCUGGAUAACAUCAAGAGUGACUGGAAGAGGGUUGCUGUCAUCAACAUCAUAUUCCUCGUCUUUCUCAUAAUCGUCUACUCCGUGGGAUGCUGCGCGUUCAGAAACAAUCGAGAGGACAACUUGUGGAAACGAUACCCUUGAAUAGAUAUUAGAAGUAUACGAGAGGGUAGAGGUUUUUAUGGAACUCUUGUACUGGUGUUUGUUGCAUUGUCCUAAUGGUUUGUUAGGUGUACAAUGUACUGUUUUCAUUUUGGUUUUCAGACCUACCUCGAUUUUCUAUGUAUAUGUUGCUCAGGAUGUCUUAUUAUUACUCACGUAUAUCUUGAUUUUCUAGGUAUAUGUUGUUUAGGGUGUCUUGUUAUUAUACACACAUAUUUAUAUUUUGAUUUUCUAUUUA